AAAUGAGACUGCUCGUUGGACAAGCCUAUCAUUUCACUGUACUCAUUUUACUGGCAGACGCGACCACUGGACCGCGUCUGCGCCGAGGCUCAUUCCGGCUCGGGACGAAUGGUCUGCCGAUCGAGAAGCAAACUUGGGCGGCAAGGCAAAUCGAGGAGGAUGGGAGUGCUCAAGAUGCGACUCUCGAUUGGGCUGAGUUGCGUCGGUGCGUGUCGGGAAGCGACGCGCGCCUGCUGCUGAGAACUUCGGCCUUGGACUUGGCAGUGCGAGAAAAGUUUGUUGUCUUUGACCUCGUCGUACUCAAGGGUUACGUGGAUCGAGACCGCGCUGUCCUUUUGUAUCCUGCAGCAGGAGACGAUGGCGCGAGAGUUGCUGUCCCCGGCAUGCCGGCAGCAGCCAAACCACUGGCGCCAUCGCGAGAGCACUGCUCACGAGUUGAGAUGCAUGUAAAUGAGGUUUUGGCAAGGCCCGGUGGCCGACGCCUCGGCUUUGCCAUGAUCGUCCUUGAGUGUGUGCUAGAGGAGGCAUAUGUUCAUGCGAUGGAGGAGUUUGCUCGACUUGAACGAGCUAUUGUCAUGGAAUUGGAAUCUCUCAGUGAUCUCCGCAAUUCAGAAACUGCGAGGGCCAGCACUUUAUGUCGUCUCCUUCCGCUUGAGACGCGUCUGAAGGAAGAGGCUGUGCGCGGGCGACGUGUGUACGCACUGAUCAAUGACGCUCUUGAUGACGAGAUUUCAAAUUUAGCUUCUGAUCACGUGCUCUUUCGCCAGCAUGCGGUGCCAUACGAGCGAUCAGAUGAGGCACGUACACGUGAUGAGUUUGCGCUCUAUUCGAGAGAGGAGGUAGUUGAGUCUAUCUUCGAAAACUAUCUCUGUCGCUGGGAAGGUGUAAAUGAUGCCAUCGAGAAGCUAAGUGGUACAAUUGAUGCGACAAGACAGCUUCUGGAGUUGACCCUCGACAAUGAACGGAAUCGAAUCGAACGGAUGGAACUUUAUCUCUCUAUGGGUGGCCUCGGCUUUGCGAUGAUGUCUGCUGUUGGUGGUUUUUUUGGCAUGAAUCUUCUGUCGGGUCUCGAAGAUCAUCCGCAUAAGUUUUGGAUUGUCACAUACUGCACGCUUGUCUGUUCCUUUGCUCUUUGGUACAUUAGCUGGCAGCGGUUUCACCUUGGUAGGCAAAUGCAAAACCAGCAGGUGCAUGGCAUGGUCGGCGACCUUCGGCGCACCCUACUCCCACAGAUGCCACCGACCUUCCUUU